CACUAGUUCAGUAGUGCAGCUAUAAAGAACAGAUCCUUUAUCAAAGAAGCUGGUUUUUCAAGAUUCCUGUCAAACACAACCUAAAACCGUAUGCGAAGUCGUAGAAUCACGUGAGAUAUAUCUCGUCGAGCGCGAAAUUAUUUCGUCUAUGUAAGAUCGGUGGCAAUUGAACGUGCAGUAUAUAUCUACUUAUCAAUAACACUAUACUGUGGUAGAAACGUGCGGCAAUAAGCGUUGUGAUUUAUUUUCAACUCCGAACGGACGAAACCGAAGAUGGUGCCUGCAAAGCAUUUAUAGGUUACAUCUUCAUAUGAGAAUAAUAAAAAUGGAGUUGGCUUUAUUGAGAAGUAAAUUUCGCGGCUCAAUGCUGGGUGUUUUGGUCGGCGAUUGCGUUGGAAGUCCGUACGAAGGCGAGGAGACUUUGACACCCGACAUGAAAACUGUCUUACAACAGUCUUUUGACAAAUUGGAGAGAACGGAAUUUAAAGCGCCGGUUAUGCAGUUUACAGUUGACUCAGCAAUGACACAAUCUUUAGCUGAGUCAUUGGUUGACAGAAAAUCUCUGGAUAUUGUUGAUGUAGCAAGACGAUUUGUGAAAAGUUAUUAUCAAGAUCCCUCUCGUGGUUACGGUAUCAGUGUUGUAACUGUAUUUCAGAAAUUACAAGCUAACAAAUUAACAGAUACAAUUAGUCCAGCAAAAGAGCAAUAUAAUGGUUUAGGUUCAUUUGGUAAUGGUGGAGCAAUGAGAGUUGCUCCUCUGUCUUUAUUUUGUUACAACGACCAUAACAAACUCAUAGAUUAUGUUAAGAAGGAAACCGAAAUUACACAUACGCAUAAGUGGGGAAUAAACGGUGCUAUUUUACAAGCUUUAGCAGUUCAACAAAGUAUAAACUUAAAUCCCAAUGAAGAAUUAAAUGUUUCUAGUUUUGUUGACAAUCUCAUUGACAAAAUGGAUAAAAUUGAAGUUGAUCAAACAGAAGAUUAUUUAGAAUUAGACGAGGGGCUCUAUAAGGAUCAAUUGUGCACAAUAAAGGAAUUGAUUUCUGAGGAUAGUGAUUGUCCCCAUGACGAAAAAGUAGUUCAGACCUUGGGAGUUGGUCUCAAUGCUUUGUACUCUGUUCCUACCGCAAUCUUUUGUUUCCUAAGGGCACAAAGACCUAUCAAAGGUAUAAAAACAGACAAUCCUCUCAGAAGAGCUAUUCAAUAUGCUAUUACUCUAGGCGGUGAUACAGACACAGUUGCUAGUAUGACUGGUGCAAUAGCGGGUGCUUUCUAUGGCGAAGAGAAGUUCAGUCCAUUAUUAUUGGAACAUUGUGAAGCGUCGGAACAGUUCCGUGAAUUGGCCGACAAAUUACUAGAUAGAGCUACACAGGAAUAAUUGUUUAAAUUCAUCGUAUUUGUAAUUACUGUGAGAUACACAUAAUGCAUUUAUUAUGUUAGUAUUUCAUUAGUGUAUGACAACAUUUUUUAUAUAAGUAACUAUACCGUGUAGUUAUUUGUAUGCACUUUAUUUACAUUACUUGAACUACGGACAAUUUUCUAUUUAGGCGACAUAUUUAUAAUUAAAUAUUAAAUUAUAACUAUGACACGGAGAUUAUCUGCUUUUCACGAUGUAUACUUUAUAUUUCCUCAACGUGGUGCCAAGUAUAUUUUUAUAACUAAUAAUGAAUUAAAAGUGGUAACUCUGAGCUAUUUAGAAACAUAAAUCUAUGCAUAACUAGUGCUAACAAUUUUUCUACCAUUCACUUUCUAUAUAAGUCUUGAAUUAGCGUUAGUUUACUUAUAUGGCUAUUAUAAGCUCACGGUACAAAUUAUAAAAUAAUAUCAGCAUAUGUAACUUACUUAGUCAAGAAUGUAAAUAGAAACGCAGUUGAAACCGUUUGAA